AUGGCUUUCUCUUGUAUCCCAUAUGGGCCUCGCGUGAAAGAAAAUGAAAUAUCAACUAAAGCAAUCAUGGAAGCUAAAGGGUUUGUGAGCUCCAAGGCAUACUCGUUGGCAUCUAAGGCGGCUUUUAAUGCGUUCAAUAGUAUAUCUAUGUGUGAAGCUCUGCUUGAAGGGCUGGAAAUGCCAGCUUAUGUUUCUUCACGCAAUUUGACGUUUGAAAGAAUGUGCAACAUUGACAUGACUUUCCCCGAUCUUUUCAUUUGA